AACUGACUUUUCCGGCAAGGUGAGCAACUGAAAUCAGUUUAGACUCUAGCAAAUGUUUUCUUCUUCAGUUAUUGUUUAACUGUGUCAUUAAAGCACGGACGGGUGGUCUCCAGCCACAACCUCUCGAUGCUGCCUAGUGUCUUCCGCUGUGUUCGGCCUGUCUCCACCACUCUUGCCUUAAACCGGCCUCUGGCCCACUUCAGACCACACAUGGACCCAGACCCAAGCCGGCCUGUUGAGAGGGCUAUCAGAACCAAACUAACCAACUCACUCCUGCCAGACCACUUAGAGGUCCACAAUGAAAGCCACAUGCAUGCUGUGCCCCCCGGUUCUGAGUCCCAUUUCCGUGUCCUAGUCGUUAGCUCCAAAUUUGAGGGUCUGCCACUGAUACAGCGUCACCGCCUGGUUAAUGAGGCUUUGAAGGAGGAAUUGAGUAGCUGUGUUCAUGCGCUGGCAAUACAGGCAAAGACUCCUGAGCAGUGGGGGAGUAACCCCACCCUGGCUAAGAGUCCACCCUGCAUGGGAGGAUCGAGGGGAGACCAUACAGUGGAGGAGAAACUGAAGGCUGGACGAGAAUGAGGAGCUGGACUGUGAAGCAGUGCUGGAUUGAAAUGUGAAGAAUGCAGGUGAAUGAGGUGAAAGAGAGGUAUAACGAUUUGUAUUUCUCCCUCUUCCUCUUCCUCCUCUUCAAUUUUACAUAGAAGUGAGAUUUGGGGGUGAUUUUGGUUUUAUUCACACAUUCUGGGUUUAAUGGUAGUUAGGAUUCUGUCACAGAUUUCAAGACAAAAAUACAUAUCUGUCAAUUAUAAUAAAACACUCACUGUAAACAUUCAGUUUGCAGAUGUAUUCAGGACAUAAAGUUUACCAUAACAACUAGUGUUGAACAAAUACAGUACAAAUGACAACAAGCACUUGCAUUCUAGGGGACAAUAUGACAAUUUUACUUUACAGUGCUCUUGCUCAUAGUCUCAGUUAUAUCAGAUUUAUGGAGCAUGGUGUGUUGGCAUGUGUAUUGGUAAACACCUCUUUGUCUAUGUAGUGGUAUCACAGGUCAAAAAUUAAUGGUGGGAGUUCAUGUUUCCUCAUUUCUGCAAGUGAAUGAAAAUAAACAUACAUAUAAUUCUUAGAAAAUUGUAAA